UACAAAAUAAAUACAAUAAAUAAUUCAAUAGUAGAAUAUUACUAACCAAGGGACAACUAUCAUUAUUGGCCAAGCGGCACUUGUUAUUUUAUUUCAAAUAGUUUUUUUGAUAUAAAAAAAGGUUUACCAAAAAAAGGAGACCACAACCCAAAAAACCGUGCGAUUUUCACAGCCAACGAAAAAAGCGCAAGUCAUAAGUGAUGUGCUGGUGGUGAAGCCCUCAACAACAACAACAAAUUGCCUACAUAUAAAGCAGCAACCACCGCCGUUGCUACCAAUGGGAUCCAUAGCGACGCCGAUCCUACCCCCCGUGUUAGAUGAUCAAUGCUCGAUCAUCACUAUACAUUCCGAUGACGAGUCUGGGGCGCGACAAACCGAAAUACGCGCGGGGACGGUGGAGGAUCAUCAGUUGUCGCAGCUGAUGGAUAAGUUGGAUGCCAAUUGUAGUACGGUGCAACAAAAUCGAGUGUAUCCGCCCCAAAUUAAAUCGCCUUCACCAUCUCAUCUGCCACCAGCCGCAUUGCCAACGUCAAGGUGUCAGCAAAAUGAACAAUAUACGACUUCCACGAGCAUGACCGUAACAAAAAGCCCUGGCGGUAAGAGCAUUGAAACCAUGCUUCAAGUAUACGGUGUCGGAAAACGAGUCCUAGAGGCCGAUGAAGAUAUAAUGGAUUUUUCACAGCAGCGACACCGAAGCAGGUAGUGCCGGCAACGUAUGUUCGCCUGCUAAAAAUGGUGCCGAGUUAGGAACGCCCGCACCGUAUGCUUGUGGCAAGGGACAACACCCAGCGGCUCAGCAUGGAGUUAGCUGCUUCACGCGAAAAUGAAGCAGCGAUACAGGGGGAGGUGGAGUACAUAAAUAAGCUGAUGACAUUUUUAGUUAAUAAUUUGUAAAUAUUGUACCAUAAUAAUAGAUAAUAAUAAUGAUUGUAAU